AUGGCCACCUCCAAGCCCGUGCUGUUCAUGAACGCGAAGACUCCUGUCAAUUUCCCAUGCAAACGACAACGGCAGGAAGUCCGUGCUCUAGCCUUGCGCGCCGCCUCCUUCUCCCGGCCGAACAGGAAGAGGAAGAACGCCAAGGGCAGUGAGGAUUCAGCAUCAGCGUCAAGUCGUGAGGCGUCCUCGUCACGCCGGCAGAGGCGUCCAUUGCCAGUGACGCCGUCCAAAGUUCCAACCGAGGCGUCGGAUCAGCAAUUCGGCUACUGCUGCUUCUGUGGCAAACCUCUCGAACCAAGCCUGGAGGACAUCUGCCUCGUGUCUAGCAUCGUCCACCCUUCCGCGCCAUUGCAUCAGAUAUGUAGAGGACAUCCUCCUACGGAUGCCUCAACUUCUGCUGCAGCAUGUCUCCCUACACCUGGACCUCUGCCGGACGCCACGUGCGACCCCUUCGACGCCACGCCCCUUGCAAUCACAGCCGACAAUCACGACGUCUUGAACUAUAUCAAAUCAUUUACCUUUGCAAUCAACUGGCCUGACGAGCUCGAAGCCUGUCGCGAAGGAUGCAGCUUGUACAACGCCCAUCUGCUGCUGUACAGAAGGUAUUUCACCCACCAGGCCCCCAUGAGCGGACUCCUCUCGUACGUGUACAAUCUUAUGGCCAUUGCACAGCCCGAAAGGGCGGCAUACCAUCGACAGACAUCCAUGAAGUAUUCGCUGAAGUGCUUCAAGUUCCUCCGGGAGUUGAUCGACACAUUGGACAACUCAGAUGAGCAGCUGAUGCUCCUCGUACAAACGAUCUGGCCCCUCGCGAGCGCCGAGUACUCCGAGUCCAUCCGAAGGGGCGGUGACCGGAGCCUACAGCAUCGAGGUGCGCUCCUGCGGCUGGUACAGCUCCUGGGCGGCUUGCAACGACUUCCCUUGGUGUACCGGGAACUGUUUGUGAACUUCUUCGCCAAAUCCGCCGUCGUGAAAGACACAGCUACAGAGAUCGAUCCUGCAGCCUGGGACCCCGGUCCUUGGCAAGGGCAACUCAGUGACGAUGCCUCUCCGCUGGCGUUGGAGGCGAAUCCGCCCACCAAGCCCUUGGCCGACACUCCUGAUACCUUGUCCGAGAUCCUAGCGGCUCUGCGCGAACUGGUGGCCGUCGAGAAUAUAAAGCGGCGUGGCAAAUGGUCAGAUGAUGAUCACUUGGGCCCGGUCUUCCGCUGGACCUAUCUGCGCAGGAUGGCCUUGAAGAUGCGGCUUUGGAACUUCCUUCACCCUCAUCCACCCCGAUGUCCAUCGUCAUCAGAAUAUCCUAUCCACCAGAUCUCUCACUGUCAAUCCGUAGAGGAGUCCACGCGGGUAUCGCGGGAGUCCUGUCUGUGUCUUGCAGCACAACUAUUCAUCUACCUCAGCUUGGAGACCCAUCCCGUCAGGCACCCAACGUACGCUGCGCCCACUCAAUAUACAGACAUGCUGGCACGGAGCAAGAUCCUUGACAGCUUGCUCUUUGGGUACGCGGAAGGAUGCGGCACGGUCGGAUCUCGCGGCGUAUGCGGCCUUGACACCCCGGCCCUUGGAGAGGAGCAAGCCAAUGCGCAAGAGCCAGCACGAGAUCUUUUGUGGAUCGUGGCAAUCGGAGCGUGCUUCGAAGCAGACGUGUCUAGGCAGAUGCCUCACAAUCUGAUCCCCGGUUUGGCCACGACGGCCAAGGCAGCUGGCUUUUGGGAUCAGAAAGAAUGGAAGGUGGCGCCGUGUGCGGACGACGGUGAUGACAGUGUCAGCGGCAGCACACAGCAAACGGCACGGCCGUGGUUCUCCAUGCAGUUUGGAGGACUGGCCAGGCGGCUCGGGUAUCUACAGUUCAGUUGUGUGAAGGAGCUGUUCUCCAGGAGGUACGUCUACGAUGAAAUGAUCAUGGAGGAGACCUUGAGCAAGUUGUUCGAUGUUGGCCCGUCUAGUUGA